AUGUACCGUUAUAGCAUCAUAAUCGCUCUCCUGACUGCUGUGGCUACCAUCCAAGCAGCCCCUCUCAAUCUCUUCUCUCAUCCAAGGGACGGCCUCCUCGGUGAUGAAAACACCAGUGACAUGACGAGUACUAAGCGCUCGGAGGAGAGCUCAAUUAAUGGCGAUAUCGGUGUGGGACUUAUCGCCCGCGACGACGAGGGUCUCGUGGGCCCUUUUGAUGUUGAUGGCAUACUGCCUGUGGAUGUGGGCGGUUCUAUUGUUGAUAUUUAG